CCCUGCUGAUGAUGCGCGGGCACGGGAGGUGGGGGUAGCCGGGUGCGGGUUCUUGUAUGUUGUCAGGCCCCGGACAGACUGCAGCAGCGGCGGACGACGAGGGAAUAGUAAACCGGGUUCUCUCCGCCAGCAGGUCCCUGCUGGUGAUCCCACGUGGUCAGCAAUGGUCCAGCGAGCAGAGUCGGAGCUUGUAAAAUGAAAUAGUACUACGGCAGCACCAUGGGGCAGAAGAAGAAGCAGCCGUGUCCCAGGUUGCUGGACUACCUGGUAAUCGUAGGCGCAAGGCAGCCAAGCAGCGACAGCGUUGCCCAGACGCCUGAACUUCUUCGGCGUUACCCCCUCGAGGACCAUCCAGAAUUUCCCCUGCCGCCUGACGUGGUGUUUUUCUGCCAGCCGGAGGGAUGUCUCAGCGUACGGCAGAAACGGAUGAGUUUGCGGGACGAUACUUCAUUUGUGUUCACGCUGACGGAUAAGGACAGCGGAGUGACACGUUACGGGAUCUGUGUGAAUUUUUACCGCUCCUUUCAAAAACGCAUUCCGAAGGACAAAAGCCGCAAGCAGCCCAAGCCAGCUUCCGAGAAUGGGUCCGAAGGAUCGGAUGGGGGCCACUCCUUAAAGGCAACGAGCGCCGAGUCUACUCCAGAUAUCAAUCAUUCUCCCCGAGGGAAGCGUCUGUCUAAAGGGGCCCAGAGAUCACGGAACAGCACUCUCACCUCUCUUUGUAUCAUCAGUCACUAUCCAUUCUUCUCCACCUUCCGGGAAUGCCUGUAUAUUCUCAAGAGGUUGGUUGACUGCUGCAGUGACAGGCUGGUCAGCAAGAAGGCCGGAAUAUCCAAGGGGGUCCAGAGAGACACCAUGUGGAGGAUCUUCACCGGCUCUUUACAGUUAGAAGAAAAGUCUAACGUUCUCCUGCACGACCUACGGGAGAUAGAAGCGUGGAUUUAUCGCUUGCUCCGAUCUCCCACUCCAGUGCCCGGCCAGAAGAGAGUCGACGUGGAAGUCUUACCCUUAGAGAUGCAGCCACCCUUGACCUUUGCUCUUCCCGACCCUUCCAGAUUCUCCCUGGUGGAUUUUCCCCUACACCUGCCCCUCGAGCUCCUUGGAGUGGAGGCCUGUUUGCAAGUCUUAUCCUGCAUUUUGCUGGAACAUAAGGUGGUUCUGCAGUCCCGGGACUACAACGCAUUGUCUAUGUCCGUCAUGGCAUUUGUAUCGAUGCUCUAUCCACUAGAAUAUAUGUUUCCUGUAAUCCCUCUACUGCCCACGUGUAUGGCCUCAGCAGAGCAGCUGCUCUUGGCACCUACCCCAUACAUCAUAGGAGUUCCUGCCAGCUUCUUCCUCUACAAAUCUGACUUCAGGAUGCCAGACGACGUGUGGCUAGUAGACCUGGACACCAACAAGGUUGUGGUCCCCACCAAUGCAGAACUGCUGCCUGUUCUCCCGGAGCCAGAAGCUUCUGAACUCAAGAAGCACCUGAAACAGUGUCUGCACAGCAUGUCCGUGAUCACGCAGCAGCGCCUUCUCGCCUCAGAUAACAAGGCCCUGGCCAGCAUGAGUCUGAACACACAGCCUAUCCUGAACUUGGACCGAUUCCAUGAGGGAUCGGAGGCGGCCAUGCUCCGACAUCACAACGAUGCCCAGGGUACACCCUCCACAGAAUUCAACCCUCUUAUUUAUGGAAAUGACGUGGACUCUGUGGACGUGGCGACGCGGGUAGCCAUGGUCCGGUUCUUUAAUUCUCCCAACAUGUUACAUGGUUUCCAGUAUCAUACCCGUACCCUGCGUCUCUUCCCUCGCCCCGUGGUGGCUUUCCAGGCUUCUUCCUUCCUGGCUUCCAGACCUAAGGCUUCUGCCUUUUCUGAGAAGCUUUCCAAAACACAAGCAGUGGAGUACUUUGGAGAAUGGUCUUUAAAUCCCACUAAUUUUGCCUUUCAGAGGAUCCACAACAAUAUGUUUGACCCAGCAUCUAUUGGGGAUAAGCCUAAGUGGUAUGCCUAUCAGCUGCAGCCCAUCCGUUAUCGUGUGUAUGAUGCAAAUUCACAGCUCUCCGAAGCCCUCAGCGUCCCAAUGGAGCAGGACAGCGAUUCAGAUCCCACUGAUGACAGUGGCAGCGACAGUGUGGAAUAUGACGACUCCAGCUCUUCGUACUCUUCCCUUGGAGACUUUGUCAGUGAAAUGAUAAAAUGUGACAUAAAUGGGGACACACCAAACGUAGAUCCACUAACACAUGCAGCACUGGGAGACGCCAGCGAAGUGGAGUUUGAUGAUUUCCAUGAGUACUCGGGAGAGGUGGAGGAAGUGGCACCUGAUAGUGAGAACUCUCCCGAUAACAACCAGCCACGGUCGGGUUCUAGCACCACCGCUAGCAGCAGCCCUAGCACUGUCAUCCAUGGAGCCAACACACAAGAAUCUGCCGAUUCCACAGAGCCUGAUGAGAAGGUUUUGGGGGUCCUACAGAAUCACUUGCCUCCUCUGGCGCCCACAUUCAACCGCCUGGUUAUGGAACGACGUGAGAGUGAGGCAUCUAUUGGUGGGGAAGCGCAAAGACGCGAGUACGACAAUCCGUAUUUUGAGCCACAAUAUGGAUUUCCACCAGAGGAAGAGAAUGAAGACCGGGAAGAAAGUUACACCCCAAUGUUUAAUCAAACUGUCAAUGGCACCCGUUCCCAGAAGCCUCUUCUGCGACCUAAUAGUCUCAAACUAGCGAGUGAUUCUGACGCAGAAACGGAUUCUCGAGGCAGCUCGCCCACCUCCACCGUGUCCAACAACAGUAGCAAUAAUGAAGGCUUUGGAGGGAUCAUGUCCUUUGCAAGUAAUCUAUACAAGAGUCAUAGUAGUACCUUCAGUUUGUCAAGCUUGACGCUUCCAACCAAGAGCAACCGAGAUAAGGCAACGCCAUUUCCCAGCUUAAAAGCCAGCAACAGGCGAGCGCUUGUCGAUCACAAAUCUUCUGUUAUAAAACACAGCCCGACCGUAAAAAGGGAGUCUCCUUCCCCUCAGGGCAGAGCAAACAAUUCCAGUGAGAACCAGCAGUUUCUGAAGGAGGUGGCACUUAGUGUCUUAGAAGGACAGGGCGUUGGGUGGCUUAACAUGAAGAAAGUUCGACGGUUGCUAGAAAGUGAGCAGCUCCGUGUUUUUGUCCUGAGCAAACUGAACAGAUCCAUCCAGACAGAAGAGGAUGCACGGAAUGAUGUCAUCCAAGAAGUGGAGAUCAGCAAAAAAGUCUACAAGGGGAUGCUGGAUCUGCUGAAGUGUACGGUAUCCAGUUUGGAGCAGUCUUAUGCCAAUGCUGGCCUGGGCGGCAUGGCUAGCGUCUUCAGCCUCCUAGAAAUUGCUCACACGCACUAUUACAACAAAGAAUCUGAGAAAAGGAAGCACAGUCCUUCUGCCGAUGGCACUGUGACCCCCGUGUCUAGGGAUUCUGUCACCAUCCCGCGAGGAGAGUCUCGACCUACCCCACAGCUGCCUGUCCCACAGCUGCCAGCCCAGCAGCUGCUUCCCCGCUCAUCGGGCCCGGCUGGCCGGGGGACACGAGAGUUUGACACUCGGAGUCUCAAGGAAGAAAAUUUUGUGGCCUCCAUUGGCACUGAGCAGCCUAAACAGGUACCGGACAGCAGCGACACGGAAGAGAAGCGCUCUCAGAUAAGUGCGGACAGCGGCUUGAGUGUCACGUCCGGAUCUCAGCGGGGUGAUUUGGAUGGUGUCAGCUCGGGACCUGCUAUUCUCAUCCGAAGCAGCAGUCAGGAUUCUGAAAUCAGCACAGUGGUUAGCAACAGCUCUGGUGAAACGCUUGGCGCAGAUAGUGACCUGAGCAGCAAUGCUGGAGACAACUUGGGAGGACCAGGCGGAGGGCGGCUUUCCGGGUCCAAAUUAGCGGUGUCUGACAGUGAAAUUCAGUUGAGUUCUUUUACCGGGGCUAUAUUUGGAAAGCCACAGAUGCUACGUCCUGGGGAAAGGGAUAGCGCUGUCAGCCCUGGACGUCCACCACAAGACGUCAGUCAACGCAUUUACCUAUAUGAAGGACUUCUAGGUAAAGAACGUUCCACACUCUGGGACCAAAUGCAGUUUUGGGAAGAUGCUUUCCUUGAUGCUGUGAUGCUGGAGAGAGAGGGAAUGGGUAUGGACCAAGGACCUCAGGAAAUGAUAGACAGGUAUUUCUCUUUGGGCGAUCAUGACCGGAAGCGCCUGGAAGAUGAUGAGGAUCGCCUGUUGGGGACUCUUCUGCACAAUAUGGUGGCCUACAUGGUGAUGAUGAAGUUAAAUAAGACAGAACUGCGGAGGAAGGUUCGCCGACUCCUGGGAAAGUCUCACAUUGGUUUAUUGCACAGUCAGCAAGUCAACGAGCUGCUGGACAGAGUGUCUGACUUGAAUGGCCGUGACCUCGGCUUACGACCUAGUGGAAGCCGUCAUAUCAAGAAGCAGACGUUCGUAGUGCAUGCUGGAACUGACACUAGCGGAGACCUAUUCUUCAUGGAGGUCUGUGACGACUGCAUUGUAUUACGCAGUAACAUUGGGGCUGUCUAUGAGCGCUGGUGGUAUGAGAAGCUCAUUAAUAUGACCUAUUGUCCAAAGACCAAAGUGCUGUGCUUGUGGAGGAGAAACGGACAGGAGACGCAACUCAAUAAAUUCUUCACUAAAAAGUGUCGGGAGCUGUACUACUGUGUAAAGGAAAGCAUGGAGAGAGCGGCCGCCCGGCAGCAGAGUAUUAAACCAGGCCCAGAGCUUGGUGGAGAGUUCCCAGUUCAGGAUAUGAAAACUGGGGAAGGGGGUCUUCUACAAGUGACCCUGGAAGGCAUUAACCUGAAAUUCAUGCACAGUCAGGUUUUUAUACAGCUGAAUCACAUUAAAAAGUGUAACACUGUACGGGGCGUCUUUGUCUUGGAGGAAUUUGUUCCUGAAACUAAAGAAGUGGUGAGCCACAGAUACAAGACACCGAUGGCCCAUGAGAUCUGCUAUUCCGUCCUGUGUCUCUUCUCCUACGUGGCCGCCAUCCGAGGGAAGGAAGCGGAGAUGAAGAGCAGGCCCCCUCGGCCUGUGUCCAGUUGACCUCUCCUGACCACCCACUCCUCCCAUGUCCGCUGUGCCCCCCGCCCCUGGCAUUGCUGAAAGCUGUUACGUGGGCGAUCUGCUGUAAAAAUCCUACUCCUGUAUCUGGAGCCUGCACAAAUACCCGUGUAGUAAAUGCACUAUGUGUUGUGACAGCAUAUUACAGACCCCCCCCCCCCCCGUGCGCUAUUGUGUCGUGUGCUUUGCGUGUUUCUGGCGAUGAGUGUGACACAACUCUUCCAGGAUGGUACAAAUGCUGUGUCCCUCCACAUUCCCGCUGUGUGCUAGUGUUUUUGUCGCUGACAAGUUAGUUUAGAAUUGGCUCCUGGCUGCUUCAAAUUUGGGGUCACGGGGUAACAGUUCAGCGGGUCCCAUACUGGGAGCAUGACCCUACAUUCGAUGGAAGAACAGAACUGCUGCACCUCUUGCUCUUCUAGCAUCGAAAGGGUCGACAUAUUUUGUGGAUAUCGAAACUACUGAUAAAUCCUAAGGUACAGAGUGUAAAUAUUCCUAAUGUGAACGCAGCGCUCUCCCCCCCCCCCCCUCCCCCCCCCCCUGGCACUGCCCACGACUGCAUGGAGAGCACGAUGUAAAUAUCCAGGUCUUUCUUAUUUAUAGAAAUCUGUACAGAUCCUGAAUGUGCAAUAAACUGGCAUUCUGAUGCUG